GUCGCGGCCCGCGUGCACGACGUGGCGGCCGCCCGGAGGAGCCUCGGCGCCCACCUCGGGCGGGCGCUCCCCGAGUGGAGGGCCGAGGACGUCGCCGACCGCCUUGGCAGACAACGCCCAGUCUUGUACGCCUUCAGUUCGGAGAUUGCUCGGCGCCGCCCAUACUGGCCGCCCCCCACGGCCACCACGGGGGUGCAUACCACGGGGCCGUGGUUGCCCACCGCGGAGCAGGAGAUGCAGCUGCUGGCCAGCCAGAACCCGUACUUCGGAGGGGACCGCCUGACCGAGCUGGAGGACUUCCUGGCGAGGGGCCCGCCCCCCGUCUUCGUGAACCUCGGCGGUGCCGCGUCGAGGAGCGGCUCCAUCGGGGACGACGACUGCAGGGAGGCGCUGGCCGUGCGCGCGCUGAAGAUGGCCGGAAAGCGCGGGAUCGUGCAGGGCUGCGCGGACAAGGUGAACCACCGCCUCGUCUACCGAAGGCUCCGGUUCAGGCCGCUCAAGAUACGUUGGAAAGACGCGAAUACAAUUCUACAAGUCGGCGGCAUCGAGUUGAAGUCGGAAGGGAAGAUUAUCCGCAAAAUUCCAGGCGAUUUGUUGUCCUCCGUGGGCGGCAAGAAUCCUGAGGGACGCGAGCCAAAAAACGCGAUGGACGGCGAAAAGGGCACGGAGUGGCACUGCGCGAAGAUGGCGCCGCUCGUCAUCACUCUGCCCGAACCGAUGGUGGUCGAGGCCUGGAGGUUCUAUACCUCGAGCACACAGCCUUCUGCCGAUCCUGUGCGGUGGGUAUUGGAAGGCUCCACGUCUGCGACUGACGAUGGAGGGGGCGGCGCUUGCACCGAAUGGUACGUGUGCUACACGCUCGGAUGA